AUCUAAUUAUAUAUACAGAAAAAUAAAAUUUAAAGCAAAACGAUAAAGUUAAAACCAAACAUGAAAUAUUUGUUGAUAAUUUCUGCCGCCAUAUUUCUAUUAAUCAAAGGAUCUUUUUGUCGAUUCGGUCCAAAGAAACUUUACACAUUAGAACUUCCAACGAACAUAGUGUCAGUCAAGGUAAUCAACAACCAACUAUACUUCAUUGGUUCUUAUUACAUCGGAGUUAUUGAUAAUGCGCAUUGGAAGUUCAGAGCUAAACGAAGAAUGACGCCACGGUUAGUUAACAGUGACAUCCCGAAUCCAAGAGCUAUUGGUAAAAUACCAGCUCGCACGUUUAGCGGUGGAAACGGCAGAGUGAAUUACUGGGUUGCAUCGUGGGGAACUAAUACGACUGACGGAGCUAUUUCCGUAAUGCAAAGAACUUCGGUGUACAGCACGGUGGUUGGUAUAUCUCUUGACUCUGGUUGGAACUACGAACACACACAGUGGGUGGAUAUGGACUUUGAUGGUUUGAAAGAUUGUUUGACUGCUAGAUAUAGAGGAGGAGGUACAGUCGGUCAGAUGCUAUGGUUUAAGCAACCACCGGGCCAAACGUUGUGGGGACAGAAGAUUAUACAUGAAGGAUUGGCAGACGGAAACUUCAUGGGUUUCAUGUACGAUAGAAAGAAUUAUAUACUGGUUGCUGGAAAUCAAUUCAAUUCACUUGGCUUGUACUGGACGCUAAACCGCAGAAAUAACUGGUCUAUAAGUCGACAAAUUCGUCAAAGGAUUUUAGACAACUAUGGACGUUACUACGACGUGCAGUAUAUAGAUUUAAACAAGGAUGGGAGAAAGGACGUACUGACAACUACUGUUCAAAUCGAAAAUUCCCGUGGUCAAGUAUUAGGUUACGAGAUACCAAGGGAUAUACAGAACGCAGAAUGGACACGUAGAGUUCUCGCUGCAGGUUUUUCUGGUGAUUAUAGUCCUGGACAGGCGAGGGCUUUCUGGCCAAACAAACGAAAACAGAGAAAUGAACGUCCAAGUAUCUUCUUAUCCGGAGGAGGGGGAGGAGAGAUAUUUAUCCUCACUCCUGUUCCUAAGUCAAGGGGUUGGGGGUAUGUGAAGUCAUCGUUGCCUGUUGGAGCUGGGGUGGUCGGAGUUCCCUUUGUUGGAGAUCUUGACAACGAUAAAUAUCCAGAGGUUAUUGUACCUCAAGAAAACAAAGUCCACGUAUAUUCCUAUGAUUACAGCGCAUCAGCCGCCGCACCACCUCGGCGAGAGACACCUGCCCGUGCUAUAGUUCGACCUGUGGUUCCAUACAGGAACCCAUACGCCCGUGGUACAAGACCCCCGCCCACCCUGCUAUACCGGCAGAUCAACCCCCUGUAGGACCUAACCCAGAUACUAUCAGAACCCCAGAUCCUGCACCAAACCAACCAAUACCAGGAUUACCACGACUCCCAGUAGCCAACCCACCACCUCUCAACCCUGUAGUUCCACAAAGCGGAAUCAACGUUAACCCAGCACCAAGCAUACCAAGAUACAAUCCAAUAGCGCCAGCCGCUCCCGCACAAACAGCCCCAGCCCUCCCUAACCCCCUCCCAC